AUGGAAGAAGUUAGGGUUGUGCCUGCCUGUUCUGAUCAAUUAAAGCCUGUUGUUGGUCAGAGGUUCCAAUCAUUAGAGUUUGCAAUCGCGUUUUAUGAUGUGUAUGCUAGGGCCGUUGGGUUUGACACGCGCAAACAAGGUGUGAGGAAGGUGGACGAAGUUACAACGUGGUAUUACGUCGUAUGCAAUAGGGAGGGCCAUAAGAAGUCCAUCGACGAUGACCAGUUGAAUGCACGUUCCGGUUUCUCAAUGAAGCGCCGACGCUUAUCGAAGAGAUGUGGCUGUAAAGCUAGUAUUUCCUUCAAGUAUUUCUCUGAUAAUGGACAUCCAGGUUAUAUGGUACAUGAUUUCAACGAGGUUCAUAACCAUGAGAUGGUUGAGUCCGAGCAACAGCAGUUUAUGACUGUGAACCGUCAUUUGGAUGACGUCCACCAGAAAUUCAUACUUGAUUGUUCAAAAGCGAAUAUUGGACCCACAUUGACAUUUAAGGUAUUGAAAGAAACUCUCGGUGGCUUUGACAUCGUUGGUUGUACGGUCGGUGACAUCAGGAAUGCGUCACGCGACAUUAAAGCAUAUGCGCAUGGUUCGAUGUGCAAAUGGUAUUGCAUGAUAUUCUGUCCUUUCACGGGAAAGGACAAUCAUGGAAGCCCUGUAACCUUUGCGGCUGGCUUGUUAUGCAAUGAGAAAACAGGGGCGUUCGGAUGGUUGUUUAGACGUUUUGUUGAAUGCAUGGGCAUAGCACCAAAGAUGAUCGUGACAGAUCAAGACAAUGGAAUGAGAUCAGCCCUCGAAGAGGUUCUGGUUGGCAUGCGUCACCGAUGUUGUAUGUGGCACAUAAUGCACAAGUUGUCCACCAAGAUCCCAAAUAGGUUGCUCAGGGAUGAAGCUUUCAAGAAGGAAUCAGUGCAUGCGUUUGGUCUGAUCUGCUUGAGCCUGACGAAUUUGAAGAGGAGUGGAAAAGAGUGGCAUUUCUGGACACCGGCGUAUUUUAGAGAUUUUCCACUGGGUUCGAUGAUUAGGACAACAUCCAUUUCCGAAUCGGAGAACAGUUUCUACAAAAGAUUUCUGAAGCCACGUGCGAACAUAGCCGAGUUCUACACGAAUUUCAACCAUGCUGUUGAGUUUCAGCGUAACAGUAGGACGGCGUUAGACUACCACGAUGCCACUGCUUUGCCCAUUUUGGCGACUACAUUGCCGUUUGAGAAACAUGCUUCGACGCUUUACACGGAUACGAUGUUCAGGAAAAUACAGGAAGAAAUCGUUGAGGGUAAUGAUAGAUGUCGCGUGCUAGGAUUUUCUUCGACUGAAUUUGUUGACACCUACAAGCUUGGGGAUAGCAAUCGCAAAUCGUAUUUGGCAUGGAUAUUUGUGCAGACAUAUUUCAGGAAAAUACCAGAAAAAUACUGCCAAAGUAGAUGGAUGAAGACUCCGCUAGCCAAGGCGGUCCAUGGGGAUAUUCAUGAUGACAUUCCUACCAGAUCUGUUGUUGACGAUAGGCAAGCAGUGUCAAAGCAAGGCAUUUCUAUGUUCUAUGGUUUCCUCCGGCGGUUUGAGGAAGACAUUGAUUUGCUACGGGCAUUUGUAGGCGGCGUUGAAGAACUUGGUAAAUCUCUGCAAGCUGGGAAUCCGACAACAUCAGCAAUUGAAAAAAGGCGAAUGAUUGAAGAGUUCUAUGGCAUGGUGUGGCCUGAAGUUGUGGAGGUUCAUCCUCCAUAUGUGGUCAAGACCAAGGGGCAUGCUAGCAGCUCAAAGAGCCGACUGAUUUCGAAAAGGGAAAAGGCUCUAAAGGAUGCUAGUCGGCCUCAAAGACGGUGUAAGGCUUGCGAUGAGAUGGGCCACCAUGACUCCAGAAAUUGUCCUAGACUUAAAGAGAUGGAGAUGGAGAAAGAGUUGGGGAAGGGCAAGAGUACGAUGUGA